AUGCUCCAAACCGUGGGGCAGUUCAACGGGAUGCUAACCGAUGACCCACACAUGCACCUUCGGCUUUUCAUUGAAGUAUGUGAAGCAUUUAAGGCCCCUGGUGUGACAGAAAAGGCUCUUCGUCUCAAGUUAUUUCCUUAUUCUCUGAGGGACCGAGCUAGAGCAUGGCUGAACUCUCUGCCACUAGAUUCGGUAGCUAAUUCGACUGAUUUGGCUGAGAAAUUUCUGGUGAAAUAUUUCCCUCCGAACAAAAAUGCCAAACUUAGGAAUGAUAUCAUAUCAUUUCAGCAGUUGGAGGGGGAAGCUCUAUGCGAAUCAUGGGAACGCUUUAAGGAAUUAUUAAGGAAGUGUCCAUACCCCGGACUCCGUUAUUGGAUUCAAAUGGAAACCUUCUAUAAUGGGCUCAAUGCUUCGACUAGAGCCAUGGUGGACGCAUCAGCGAAUGGAGCCUUACUUGUGAAGUCGUACAACGAGGCUUAUGAAAUUCUGGAGAGGAUGUCUAACAACAACUACCAGUGGCCCACUGAGAGAGUUUCUGCAGGGAGACGAGUGGCGGGGAUUCAUGAAGUAGACGCUGUGACAGCAUUGACCGCUCAAGUCUCUUCACUGUCCACUAUUCUGAAGUCUAUGAAUGUGGCUACAGGAGCUAAUGCAGCAACCCCAAUUGCAUUAACUUGUGUCUACUGUGGAGAUGGACACUCAUUCGAAAACUGCCCAUCCAACUCUGAGUCGGUUUGUUAUGUGAACAACUUCAAUAGUAAUAACAACCCUUAUUCCAACUCAUAUAACCAAGGGUGGAAGCAACACCCAAAUUUUUCUUGGUCAAAUCAGGGAGCUAGUUCUAUGUCAGGGCCUAGUAAACCAGCAUAUCCACUAGGGUUCCAUCAGCAGCAACACCAGAGACAGCCACCUCAAGAGCAACCAAAUCAGAGGCAACCACCUCAAGAACCAUCAACCCCCAAGGAGGCAUUGCUUAAAGAGUACAUGGUAAGGAACGAUUCACUCAUUCAAGGUCAAGCAGCUCUCCUCCAAAGUCAAGCUACAUCGUUGAGGACCUUGGAGAAUCAAGUAGGGCAGUUGGCUAAUGCUCUAAGUAAUAGACCCCAAGGAUCGCUUCUGAGUGAUACGGAAAACCCAAGAAGAGAUGGUAAGGAGCAUUGCAAGGCUAUCACACUUUAG